CUUAUUGGUUCACAGGUUCCACUCCGGUCCGAGUAGUACCACUGGUCUUCCUCCCUGAAGUUAAUUCUUGGUAUUGAUGUCAUUUGGUCGUCCUGGGUGGGAAACCCAUUUUCUCGCAAGAAAGAUUGACGCGUGGUGCGUUGUUGGGGCUGAUAUGUCUACUGAUACGUUACCCAUUCAAGAGACAUCGUCGCCUACCUAUGGCAAUUUUGAAGAUUCCUCUCAAAGUUCUCAGUAAAAUGUCGGUACUAACCUUUCGAACGCCCUCAAGGACCCAGGCCUCUCUAUGCACAGUGCUUUGACGCAUGUCAUUUUGGUGUUCUCUGAUCUAGAUAAUGUUCUGUGGUCUCAUACUUUCUGACGUUCCCUCAAGGACUUAGACGCUCCGUAAGGUGUAUAGCAUUCUAUGUCAUUCCGAGAGCUUCACGGAGCUUCGACGCGUGGCAUUUGAUGAUCUCUCAUCUCGAUAAGUGCGAUCGCAUGUUCUCGGGUCGUUCCGUUCCGCGCUUUUUCUCCGGAACGCAUGUUUUUGUAUUUACACGUUUCUGCCUUCCUCCGUUCAUAUCCGCCUUUAUCCUGGAGUAAUUGACCAAUGAGUGUGAUCCGGAUUUUUUUCUCCUCGUCCCUGUUCGUAAUCCGUCGUUCAUGUGCCCGGAACCUCAUUGGACGAGCAUGUUAGAAGGUAUUGAAGGAGAUACUUCUGAGCAGGAAGAACAUGUGGAUGGACAAACGCUCAAUGGGACGACGGUGCCAAGGUUCCUCUCGAGGAAGAAAGGAUUAUGCAGUGUCCGAGAUAGCCGAACAAACAUGCUCAAGCCUUAAGGAACAAUUUAAACCAGUGUAACCGGAGGCUCUGAACAACAGAGAAAAUGAAAAGAGGAUUUUCCAGUGUUGCGGACGCACUAAAAUCGACACGUACCAUCGCUUCCCAGAAAGUUGACUGUUCAUUACAUCCUCGCAUCCUUCUUUUUUUUUUUGGAACUCAAGACGACGGACCAAUGACGUAGACGAAUCUCAUCAACUUCAUCAAGAAAGAGAUUAUCACUUAAAUCAUGAUCAAAGGGCUCCAAAUUCGAAAGGAAAGGAAUCAAUACGAAUUUGCGAAGCUCGAAGACGAUGCGGCGCUGCAUUGGUUCUUGCCUUGAGAAGUACAAUUCAGCCACAGACACGCAGACACAUCCACAUACGGGUAUGUUCGGCGCGUAGUUGAGUUCGACCUUGCAACAGUACGAUAUCAUGACGCAAACGGCACUCGCCCUCUCCCGAAUACUAGUCUUUCACGUUGUGAGGGAACGUCUCACUGCCAAGAACCAAUACCAUGAAGGACGGACUGCCUUCUACCCGCCACAAUCACCGAUAAAUGCUACUGUAUACGCAUGCAAGCGCAUCAUGACUUGGCACGAGGUGGUAUUAAUGUUCUGGGGUACUUCUGAAAUACAAACGAUGUGGCCAGAUUCCUGUUCCAACGUUGGUACUGUACUAGCGCUGGCAACAUGCAACGAAUAAUCGUUGGUUCGAAUUUACCAAGAAUUAUUAGCACGAACAUCGCUUCAAGUGUACUGCCAGCAAGAGUUCAAGCGAUGGUGAAUUCAGAAUUUGAAUUGAUAUUCAAUUCUAUUCCCGUACGCAUCGCACGGAGAAAUCCGCGAUCCCCAUGCACGAUUUGCCCUGCAGAUCUUUCUCACAUCACUAUUCAAAGCACUCGGUGUUCCUUAACUCUCGUCCUACAAGCCAGCUCACUCAGCAGCAUCAUGCAAAGGAAGUUGUACAGGAAAAACAGAAGGUGUGAGAGUACAAGGGAGCGACGGGCGAAUCGCCGUACCAAGCUCCUCCUUAAACUUCCUUUCCUUUCUUGCCUUCCACGUCUACACGCGUACCAUGACGUAUGUACAGAGGUACCAGGUUUGCUUCCGGACGACCUAAUCUGUUAGUGGUAGUGGUAGAAGGUAGAAGUUGGUUUGAGAACGCCGACGCCGCCCGCAGAAAGCCUCGGACGCUUUUAGGUGUUUGGGCGGAUGAAUGCACAUUUGACAGUGUUCCUCGUAUUGUUAUUGUACGUUUGUAGCCUUGUCUUUGUCUUCGUCUAUGUAUCUUCUAUCUUUGUCUUUCUUGAGACGAGUUCGGUCGUAGUACUAGUAGUACUUUACUACCACUGUAUCAGAUAAC